AUCUUGGGCACCAGCAACAACCAACCACUGUGCCUUUUGAGCUUUCGAUCUCGCCCUCAUCAUCCCAGCUGCUUUGUUCGUCUCUGGUGCGCGUCCGUCCAACCACUGACACACCACGGGUCGCCGGCUAAUGCUUUCUUGCUACGCCCCCGCUCCCCCCGGCUAUUUAUGGAGCCCCUGAUCCAUGAAGCCAGGGCACACGCCGACGCCGAUCGAGCUACCUCCCACCGACAUCUUGCGGAGUUGCAGUCCUAUCUCUUCCGAUCCGUCCCGCCCGCCGCCGCAGCUUGGGAUUAGUUCUUCUCCGCGCGGAGAUCCGUGAGCCAUGGCUGCUGAGACUGUUGUCCUCAAGGUGGCUAUGUCAUGCCAGGGUUGCGCCGGGGCGGUCAGGAGAGUGCUCUCAAAGAUGGAAGGAGUUGAGACCUUUGACAUAGACCUCAAGGAACAGAAGGUGACAGUCAAAGGCAAUGUCAAGCCUGAGGAUGUCUUCCAGACGGUUUCCAAGUCCGGGAAGAAGACCUCCUACUGGGAGGGCGAAGCCACAGCCCAGGCUGCUCCGGCUCCAGCAGCAGAAGCAGCUCCCAGCACUGAGGCAGAAGCGCCUGCCGCGGAGGCUGCACCAGAGAGCACUCCAGCCGAAGCUGCUGCACCAGAGAUCACCCCAGUCAAAUCUGACGCUUGAUCGUCACAUGAGAUGAUGUGACCCCAAAACCUUACUCUAGAACUAGCUGGGAAACCGAGUCUUGUGUGGUUUGCAUCAUGUUGUUGCCACUCUAGCAAGUGAUUGCGAAUUAUAGAAUAAAUGAUAAAACCCAGUGUGUGCUUGCGUGUGAUUUCAAGAUGAACACAUCCCUUGCAGGAUUGUUGUUCACUACAUUUUACAUUUACCUUACCAUUGCUUACGAGAUCCCCCAAAAAGGAUCUUGGACGAGUACAACCCAUGUUAAACCUCA